AUGGUUUUCGAUGACUUGAGUUAUAACGGCAGCACUUUUGACUGGGCUGCCGACGUAGACUUGCUAGACUAUAAGGUGGGCGCCUUGAUCGACGCCAUCAGUCCCAACCUCACAACCUUCAAAACGAACGGAGGGAAACUACUUGUCACACAGGGCUGGGCUGACCCAUACAACGCCGCUACUUGGCCUAUAGAACAUUUGAAUGAGGUUUCACGAGUGACAGGCGGCGAGAGACAAGAUUGGUUGUCACUAUUUAUGAUCCCAGGUUUUGGUGACGCUAUACAACAGAUCUGGCUGACGUAUUGCUCCCAAGGCGGUGGGCAUUGCACUGGCGCCUCCAGUUACCCCCAGGUUCCAGCGAAACAGAACUCCUUGGAGGCCCUUAUCGACUGGGUUGAGAAGGGACAGAUUCCAGAGGAUCUGCUUGGAACUGAACCUGCUGAUGCAAGCAAGAGGACCAGGAAAAUUUUCCCAUGGCCUCGCACGGCGAAGUACAUCGGGGGCAACGCGGAUGAGUCGCAUUCUUACGUUUGUGAAGACUUAAACAACUAG